AAAAUAUAAUUGCUAUGGAGAUGAUAUUGUUGUUUUUUUCAUUGAAUAAUAGCGUCAACAAACGUAAUUGACGCCAAAAAUUGGGUAUUUUGUGAGUUGUGCGUGAAAAAGAGAAUGAAUUAUUGCAUAAAAAGAGAGUUGUUCGACGAUUGCAAAGACAAGCCGAAAAUCCCCCGUCCCCCUAACGCCUUCAUGUUGUACGCGAACGAGAACCGAAAGAAAAUGUCGCAAUUAUACCCAACGGAGUCCAACAAGGACAUAAGCAAACGCCUGGGAAACGGCUGGAAGUCCCUGAACGAGGACGAGCGGAAAAAAUAUUUCGAUCGGGCCAAAGCUAUCGGAUUGCAGCACAAAAAAGAAUUCCCAGAUUACGUUUACAACCCGAAGGAGGCGAGAAUACGCAAAGCAAUGCGCGAUGCAAGCCGGGAACGUUCGAUCGCCGGGACUUCCCCCAUGCUUGCGAGACCCAACGCGCGCAGAGCUCCUUCACACGGCUGGGGGGCACCUUCGCACGACGACCACCUCAUGAUGUCGCCUCUGGGAGGGAUGCAGCCCCCGUCUUGCAGUUUUGCGAUGUCGGGAGGCGGCGACCAGUUCAUGGGAGGCGGCAUAAGCGCCUACAACAAACUGGAAGCGGCGGCGGCGCCGCCACCACCACCGCCGCCGUCGGCCGGUUCGGUGCACACGAACUACCUGCAGUCGAAUCCGUUGGCACAACUGCAACAGCAUGCUGAGAUGUGGCCCGACUAUCACACGAUGCGCUCGAGAUCUUCAGGUGAAUCGUUUAUGAUGGGUGAUGUCGCUCCUUACUCCGGGCAGACUCCGGAGAUGGGCCCAAUCAUGCUGGACAAGCAGCCGACGCCCGCGACGUCUCCGCCCACCGCCGCUCCGGACAAGGAGCCGGACCAGGACCAAUUCAUUCCGGUCUUUGAACAACCGGAAGAGGCCAAGGCGAAAAAUAAGGCGUCGGCGUGCCAAAAGCCCGCGAGCAAACCUCUGCCGGACUUCAACGAAGCGUUCGGAUCCACAGAACGGGGGAGGUUUCAGAGUCCGCCCGAUCCGCGUCUGGCGCCCAACAAGGGUUAUCUCGAUUAUUUCUUCAGCGACAGCGACCUGAUCAAAUUCGACGAUUAUCAAAUGUAAAAAUUGUUUCGGCUCAAUUUAGCAAAAUUUUGGAAUUGUGCCUUUUUGUUUCGGUUUUUUCGUUGGGACCAAGAAACUUUAUUCCGGUUGUAGAGGCGAAUGUUCAGCACUAUAUUCUAGUCAAAUGUUUGUAUAUAUAAAAAGUUAGCUGUUAAUAUGUCAUGUAACCCAUUUAAAGUAAUCCGUGUUAAAGAAUAAAGGUCGGAGGAUUAUUGAUUGUUACGUUUGGUAGGUUUGAGGAGAGUGAGGUUUUCGAUCGGAGCGUCUAGAAUCACCCUAAUAUCACUUAGGUUAUAAAUGUACAGAAUUGUAAAUGUAUUUAGUGUUAAAGUAAGGUCGUGCCUUAGUAGAUAAUUCAAAAUUUAACAAAAAAACAUCAACAAUUAGAGCUUCCCGUCGUGUAUUUGGGAGAAUUUUGUAAAUAAAAUUUUAAUCCAAAGAAUAUGCUUCCCAAAGGUUUUUUUGAGAAUAGCGACAUAUUCUAAAUCUUCCUUUAGUCUUCAAAAUCAAGCGAAUUGGUUGCGAAUCAAACAACAGAAUCAGACCAGAAUUCUCAAACGAAUUAAUCAAAUCGUUUUGUACUAGAUUAAUGUGGUCCAUUCUUUAUAUCUAUACUUGUGAUCGUCAUAGCUAGCGUAAUAAUCAAACCAAAAAUUCCCCCAAAAAAAUGGAACAACACCAGAUUAUAUUGUACAAAUAUAUUAAAGUUGAAUAUUCCCAUUAUAUUGGCGGCCGAGGAAUCGCAAACAACUUCAAACACCGACUUGCAAAAAUCCGUCUCACUAUCCAAACAGUACAAUUACGAAACAAGACAAAAACAGCGUUGUUUUCGGUCCCGCGCCGCCCUAUAUUGUAUGUUGUAUUUAGGAUUAUUUCUAGCAGUCUUAGAGCCUGGGGAGUCCCCGCUUCCAUUAUUGUGUUAAAUCCAUAUCAAAGUGAUAUCGUUCAAUUACAAAAUAUAUAAUUUAGAGCUGA